CCUGGGUUGCGGCACCAAUCGCAAGCGGUUGCCCGCCGGCACGCCUCGCCAGGGUUCGGCCUCCAACGUUCCCGCGGACCGCGAGCUCCCGCCACCUCGCUGUGAGCUCCUGCGCGCGUCCCCGGCUCGCUGCGGGUCCGUUCCAUGUCCUUUUGGAUCCCAGGCACACAAUACUGCGCCCUCAGGAUGCUAGCAAUAAGAGGCUUAUCCAGGACUGCUGCUGCAAGGACCGAUAAGAUUGCGGCGCUGAAGCUGCGCAGGAGGUUAUCGGGAUUUGUUGCUGGUGCAAAUCCUGGAUAUAGUAGGCCAUCAGAUGUUGAUAAUUUUGCUGUGUUGUUCCAAAACUGCGCAGAUGUGAGGUCUCUGAAGAAGCUCCAUGCUCGCGUUCUCACACUUGGACUUGGCAGGGAUGUUAAUCUUGGCUCUGAAAUUCUGAUUCGUUACGCCAGUCUGGGCGUCCUGCCCAAGACAAGCCUUCCUUUCCAAGGCUUUUUAAACGAUGAUCUUGCCCAGUGGAGUUCGGCCAUGGUUGGCAUUUUUAGAGCUGGUUAUCCAGAGGAAGCUAUUCUUUUGUACAGGGGGUUGAAGCUGCGUCAGAUUGGGUUGGAUGAGAAAACUAUUACUUUUGGAUUGAAGAGCUGCGCUGAGCUCCGAAAUUUGUUAUUGGGCAAAGGAAUGCAUGCAGACUCACUGAAGCUUGGCCUCAGUAGGGAUAAAUUUGUUGGUUCUUCUCUUGUUGGGUUAUACUCUAAGCUUGCCAGUAUGGCUGAUUCACAUAAGGUGUUUGAAGAGAUUUUGGACAAGGAUAUUGUUUCCUACACCUCGAUGAUCACCGGUUAUUCUGAAAAUAUGGAUUCUACUUCUUGGAAUGCAUUUGAAAUUGCCAGUGACAUGCUGCGGAGCAACUUGGAAGUAAACCGUGUGACUCUGGUCAGCCUACUGCAAGUUGCUGGUAAUUUGGGAGCAAUUAGAGAAGGCAAAUCGGUACAUAGCUAUUCCAUAAGGAAAGGAAUUGGUGUCUCAGAUGAAGUUCUAGAGACCAGCCUUGUUCACAUGUACACUCGAUGUGGAGCUUGCCAAUUAGCAUCUGCUGUCUUGAAGAAUUCGAUGCAAUCUGUGGCUUCCUGGAAUGCAUUGCUUGCUGGUCUUGUUCGAACCGGACAGAGUGGAAAUGCAAUCCACCAUUUCUCUGCCAUGCUGCAUGAGCAUAAGGCAAUUCCAGAUUCUGUGACCUAUGCAAAUGUAAUUUCUGCUUGUGCUGAGCUACGCAAUUCUGGCUGUGCUGCUAGUGUUCAUGCCUACCUAAUUAGAAGAUCUAUCCCUCAGGAUGUAGUUUUGGCCACAGCCCUUAUCGAGGUAUACUUCAAAUGCACUAGAAUUAUGAAAUCCAGGCAUCUCUUCGAUCAGUUGAUGGUUAAAGAUGUUGUCUCCUAUAACGCUAUGAUCUAUGGUUAUCUCCAAAGUGGCAUGGCCAAUGAAGCCAUUACAUUACUUAAAGAAAUGAUGGCAGAAUGCGUUGCACCGAAUUCUUUGACUGUUCUUAGUCUGCUUGCAGCUAUUGCUGAUCACAAAGAUUUUGUUAGAGGGAGGUGGAUUCACGGAUUUGCAAUUAGGCAUGGAUUUUGUUCAGAUGUUGACAUUGCAAAUCAAAUUAUACGCAUGUAUUCUGGCUGUGGAAAGAUUGCAGCAGCAAGGAUUGUAUUUGCUUCGUUGGAAAAGAAAAAUUUGAUUUCAUGGACAGCCAUGAUGAUGGGAUGCUUAUUCUGCGGACAUGGAGGUGAGACAGUUCGAUUAUUGCAAUUAAUGCAGCAACAUGGUGAGAAGCCUGAUUCUGUCACCGUUAUGGCUGCAGCUCAGGCUGCUUCUGAGCUUGGACAUUUGAAAGGUGUAAAACAAAUUCAUUGUUUUGUCUACCGUGCCUUGUUGGAGAAAGAUACAAAGACCGUAAAUUCUUUAAUAACUGCAUAUGCCAAAUGUGGAAGGUUGGAUUUAUCUGUAGGUUUGUUCUUAAGUUUGGAAAACAGAGACCUAGAUUCAUGGAAUGCUAUGAUCAGUGCAUAUGGGAUGCAUGGGUUCUAUAUUAAGGUGCUUGAAAUGUUUAAGCUAAUGGAAGAAGGAAACAUUAAUCCUGAUGGGUUAACAUUUUCCUCAGUGCUUUCUGCAUGCAGUCAUGCUGGCCUAGUUAAGGAGGGUUUGCGUAUUUUUCAGUCGAUGACCUCAAUGUAUUCAGUUCUUCCACAGGAAGAGCAUUAUGGUUGCAUUGUUGACUUACUGAGUCGAGCAGGGCAUCUCAAAGAAGGAUACAAGCUCAUAAAGUUAUCUACCUUAAAUGACAGAUCUAGUGUACUUUGUGCUUUGCUCUCUGCAUGCAGAACUCAUGGAAAUACAAUGCUUGGACAGAUUAUUAGCAAUGAGCUCCUUGAGCUCGAACAGAAUCCAGGUACUUAUGCUUUGAUUUCAGAAGUAUUUGCUCAGAGAGGACAAUGGAAUAAAUCAGCUAAUAUAAGGAAUAUAGCAAAAGAAAGUGGGUUGAGAAAACUUCCUGGUUCUAGUUUCAUUGAAUCGGUGGAAAAAGCUAACAAUCUGCGUUAAAGAGGUGCAUGAACAUCACAUAUAAAUGGUGCCUUUAUUAUGCACUUAAACCACCAUUCAAUCUCGAUAUGGAGCAAAAUUCUGUUAUGUGCUGAUUGCUGAAAGCUUGAAUCAUUUUAGUAGAAGACUGCAAGGUUUGUAGUUCUUUCACUGAAUAUGCACGCAUUUGCUCUAUCGACUUCUUAUGAGGAAAAAAGAGAUGAAUCAUCAUGUUUGGACAUGCUUAUUGUUUCAUUCCUUCAAGAAUCAAGCUGGAUAUUUGAAAAACACAAGUAGCAGACAAUGAAAAGGGAAGGAGUGCUAGCUUGGAUGUGUCAGGUUGCAUAAAUGCCCUACUGGAUCACACAAAAACUAUGUGCAUUGCAAUGGAGAUAUGAAGAACCAGAUUUGCCUUUUUUGGGGCAUUCUGAAGAGGCUGCGUGGCCUCUGAAUGGUUGAGUACUUGAGUAAGCUCAACAGCUGGGCAACGCAUCCGCUGCUGCGAGUAAGAAAGGUUUCUAGUGGUGAGAAAGGACGUAAGAGCAGCUACAAGAGAUUCUCUAUAUCUUUCCUCAUUGUAAGGUGUAAGAUUAUGUAUAAUGCGUGGGAUAUAUUGCAUUGAGCCUCUAGGGUGAAUAUACAGGAGUACAUGGUUUGGAGGGCAAGUAGCCUUUCCCAGAGAUAAGAAAGGUUAUCCCAGGAUUACAAUCAAUCCUAAACUAACCAUAUCCGGAGUUGUCUAAUAUACUCUAAUAUCCUCCGCAAUCGUAGCGGUACCAACACGAACGGACAGACCGGAGAACAAUGGAGAUAUCCCCCCGUAGUCGGAACGCCGGUGCGAAUGCUUCGACUGGAGUAGCUCAUGCAGAUGAUAGCCCUUUGGUGCCGAAAUAGUCGAGGUCAAGGUGGACGUGGUCUAAGCCAUGGAGGAGGGCGCAGGUCCAAAGCAUCAACAAAAGCAUGCGAGUACACAAAAUUAGCAUCUUCUUGCUGAUGACAGCAGCAGGACAGUGGGCGGCAGAUGGCAAUGGUAGACGAGGCUGCUGAAAAGCGCACGAGCGUCUUCCUUCACCAACAUCGGCGGCGGUAUCCGCGUGAAAACGGCAGUAGGCGUGGACUCGGAUCGAUUGCCAGCUUGACAAGGACCGGCAACGGAUGGCGCCACCGUCUAAAGAGGUGGUGACACCGGCGAUGAUGGCUUGACCACGAGCGUUGGCGCUGCAGCUUGGGAAGGCACAGAGACAAACUCAUCCUUGGGAGUGUUGAUGAUGGAGCGGCGACGAAUGGCAGGGUGAUGCAAACCGAUCUCUGAUCGAAAAAAAAGAAAACAUCAGCAAGACGAACCUCCGGGUACUUUCUCCGCGGCCACUCACUCGUGCUCAAGGUAGCGGUGCGGUGGCGCAGGUAGGAGGGGGGAGCGGGGAAGGGGCGGAGCCCCACGGCGCGGCGGCCCGGCGACAGUGUCGAUGGCGGUGCGGUGGCCCGACAGCCCCAACGGCACGGUAGCCUGGCGACCCCACGAUCUGCCUCCGCAGCCACGACUCGCGCUCAAGGCAGCAGUGCGGCGGCGCUAGUAGGAGGGGGGCGUCUGGCCUGUUGCGCGGAAGGGGCAUGGAUCCAGACGCGGUGCCGGAGGGAGCGAGAACGUGAAGGCAUGGUAGGCCCGGCGGCAGCUCCAUUACAACGUGGUGCCCGACGAGGACGACGAGCGGCACCACCAUGGAUUGGCCACGGAUAGAGGUACGUCCCUCUGCUGCUGCGAGACCACGACGGCGCGGCAGAUUAUAGGAAUUCGCGCGGAUCCUACGAGGGCGCUGCCCCUGGCGGAGAUUGAUCUCCCCAGGUGCGGCGCGGGGGCAGCGGAAGCCGAAGAUCUAAGGUUAGAACUAGACUCGUGAUACCAUGUAAGAUUGUGUAUAAUACGUGGGAUAUAUUGCAUUGAGCCUCUAGGGCGAAUAUAUAGGAGUACAUGGCUUGGAGGGCAAGUAGCCUCUCUUAGAGAUAAGGAAGGUUAUCCCGAGAUUACAAUCAAUCAUAAACUAACCAUAUCCGAAGUUGCCUAAUAUACUCUAACAUAAGUAAUAGAGAUUUUGAUAGAAAAAUACACUCCAACAGCUUCUCUAAGUGGUUAUCCAAAUAUAACCAUUCUCUAUUCUGCAUUUCUCGCUAGCCAAAAAUAGAUAACGAAAAUGAAUUUAUCCAAAUAUAACCAUCCCCCGUUCUGCAUUUCUCGCUAGCCAAAAAUAGAUAACGAAAAUGAAUUUCUAAAGUGUACAUAGAAAGCGAUUUUUAUGCAGAAAACUCUCCAAAUGAUAAUUUAGAAAGUGAAAUUUAGAAA